AUGUCGUCAAUGUAUACUGGUGCUGGUAGUUACCAAUAUCCACAAGGGUCAACAAGAUCUAAUAGUCAAUCUAUGAACUAUGGAAACAAUCAAAUAAAUCAAGGUUAUUCAAGUCCACAAACUCAUCAAGAUGAACGACGUACUUCAAAUCCACAAACUUAUCAAGGUGAACGACGUGCAUCAAAUCCUGCAUUAACUCUACCAGCCUAUCGAACACAACUUUAUACUACUCCAAAUACUCAAAACUAUUCAAUACCAUCAUCUCUUUAUGUUGAACGACGUUCAAUAAAUCCUGUGCCAACUACACAAUAUAAUCAACCACAAUAUAUUGAAUUAAAAAAUUCAAAUUUUGGUUAUGGCAAUGCUCGUGCUGUACAAGCUCAAACAACAGGCAUGUAUCAUAAUAAAAAUCCUGGUACACCAUCACGUAAUAUUAAUCCAGCAUUAAAAGUAAAUCCAGCACCACCAUCACUAUCUCAAUAUGCUACAUUUGGUAGAGAAAGUCUUUUUGCUAAAAAAGAAACACGCGGAGAAAUUGAUGAUGCACCAAUAAUUGAUCCACGCGCAUUUCAAUAUUUAAAUAUAAGUGAUAAAAAAGUUCAAAAGAAACCAGCAUCAAGUGAAGGUGGAGUUGAUACACGACCAAUUAUUAAUCUUGAUGCUGUUACACAAUUGGAAAAACGUCGACAGCAACAAAUUGAAAAAAAUAAUCGAUUACGUGGUGAUGAUGGAGCAGGUGCAGGUAUUGAUGAAAGACCAAUUGUAGAUGCAAAUGCUUUUCGUUAUAUCGAAGCUAAGACAAAUAAGAAUAAAGAUAAUGAACAACAAGGUCAAGGUGUUAUGAGUGGAAUCGAUGAUAGACCAAUAACUAAUCUUGAUGCAAUAAAAGAUUUGGAAGCACGACGUCAACAUAAACCAUCAAAUAUUUCAAGUGAACCAUCAAUUGAUACACGACCAAUAAUCAAUCCUGAUGCAUUUAAAUAUUUAGAAAAACGACGAGAAAAUUUACCAAAAGAUAAAGAUGAAAGUGGUAUUGAUAAUCAACCAAUUGUUAAUCCAGAUGCUUUUCGUUAUUUGGAACAACGUGGUCCUCCACCUCGUCGUAAUGUUGAAUCAGGUGUUGAUACAACAUCAAUGGUUAAUCCACAAGCAUUUAAAUGGAUUGAAAAAAAAGAACCACCUAAAUCUGAACUAACUGAAUCAACUAUUGAUUAUCGACCUAUUGUUGAUCCACAAGCAUUUAAAUGGAUUGAAAAAAAAGAACAACCUAAAUCUGAACCAAUUCAAUCAACUAUUGAUUAUCGACCUAUUGUUGAUCCUCAAGCAUUUAAAUGGAUUGAACGACCAGAACCAAAACGUCGUGUUGAUGAAGGUCCUGAUGUUGAUGAACGUUCUUAUGUUAAUCCACAAGCUUUUCAAUAUAUUGAUCGUCGACCAGAAAAGAAAAGUGAUAUAUGUGAACCAGAAAUUGAUACACGAAGUUUUAUACUUGAACGAAAUCCAAAUGCUCUUGCUCAUCUUGAACGUAAAUCAAGAAAUCUACCAAAUGAUAAAGCAGAAGGUGGUGUAGAUGAACGAUCAUUUGUUAAUCCACAAGCAUUUAAAUAUCUUGAAGGUAUGAGUGAUGAUACAUCUCAUACUUCUGUACAUUCAUCAGUUGGUCCAUCAAUUGAUACAAAAUCUUAUGUUCAACCAGAUGCAUUUCGUCAUCUUGAAUUUAAAGGUGGAGAAAGAAAACAAGGUAAUUAUGAUGAACCGGAAGGUGUUGAUGAAACAUCUUUUGUAUCACCGGAAGCUUUUCGUCAUUUGGAAUUUACUGAUGAAGAUACAAAUCCUGCACAAAUUGAGUAUUCAACAUAUGGACAAUCAGACUUUUGA